CCCUCGCGGUGGCCCGGAGUGGAGGCGGGGUUGUCCUCCUGGGGCGCGCCGCGCGCGCGCGCGCGCCAGAGCGAGUGUGCGCGGGCGCGCGGGCGGCCGCAAUCCCGGGAGGAGGCUCCGAGCGAGUGGGUCCUCGCGGCGCAGCCCGCUCCUCCGCGCCCUAUGUGAGGGAAUCGGGGAGGCCAGCGGCGCGCAGGGGAGGGCGAGGCAUGUGCUCGGGCCGGGGGGUGCUGCAGCCGCCCGAGGAAGAGGAGGACGGCGGCGGCGGCGAGGAGGAGAGUGCGGGGCUCGCGGCGGCGGGCCCGGGCCGAGGGGAUGCAGCGGACUAUGUGUGUCUGGCUGUAGCUGACGCGAGGCGGCGAGGAGGCGCCGGAGACCCGCGAGAGGGGCGACGAGGCGGCGGCGGCGGAGACUGCAGCCCUGAAAUGCAUUUUCUCCUCCAGCGGCCAUGUUAACCAGGAAACCUUCGGCCGCCGCUCCCGCCGCCUACCCGACGGGCCGAGGAGGGGACAGCGCCAUUCGUCAGCUUCAGGCUUCCCCAGGGCUCGGCGCGGGGGCCCCUCGGAGCGGAGUGGGGACCGGCCCGCCCUCCCCCAUCGCCCUGCCGCCUCUCCGGGCCAGCAACGCUGCCGCCGCAGCCCACACGAUCGGCGGCAGUAAGCACACAAUGAAUGAUCACCUCCAUGUUGGCAGCCACAGCCACGGGCAGAUCCAGGUUCAGCAGCUGUUUGAGGAUAACAGCAACAAGCGGACAGUGCUCACAACACAACCAAAUGGUCUCACAACGGUGGGCAAAACGGGAUUGCCGGUGGUGCCCGAGCGGCAGCUGGAGAGCAUCCAUAGGCGGCAGGGGAGCUCCACCUCUCUGAAGUCUAUGGAGAGCAUCGGGAAGGUGAAAGCCACCCCUAUGACACCUGAACAAGCAAUGAAGCAAUACAUGCAGAAACUGACCACCUUUGAACACCAUGAGAUUUUCAGCUAUCCUGAAAUCUAUUUCUUGGGUCCAAACGCAAAGAAGCGCCAGGGCAUGACAGGUGGGCCCAACAACGGUGGCUACGAUGACGACCAGGGAUCCUACGUGCAGGUGCCGCACGAUCACGUGGCUUACAGGUACGAGGUCCUCAAGGUCAUCGGGAAGGGGAGCUUUGGGCAGGUGGUCAAGGCCUAUGACCACAAAGUCCACCAGCACGUGGCCCUGAAGAUGGUGCGAAACGAGAAGCGCUUCCACCGGCAGGCGGCAGAGGAGAUCCGAAUCCUGGAGCACCUGCGGAAGCAGGACAAGGACAACACCAUGAACGUCAUCCACAUGCUGGAGAAUUUCACCUUCCGCAACCACAUCUGCAUGACAUUCGAGCUGCUGAGCAUGAACCUCUAUGAGCUCAUCAAGAAGAAUAAGUUCCAGGGCUUCAGCCUGCCUUUGGUUCGAAAGUUCGCCCACUCAAUUCUGCAGUGCUUGGAAGCUUUGCACAAAAACAGAAUAAUUCACUGUGACCUUAAGCCCGAGAACAUUUUGUUAAAGCAGCAGGGUAGAAGCGGUAUUAAAGUGAUCGAUUUUGGCUCCAGUUGUUACGAGCAUCAGCGUGUCUACACGUACAUUCAGUCUCGUUUUUACCGGGCUCCUGAAGUGAUCCUUGGCGCCAGGUAUGGCAUGCCCAUUGAUAUGUGGAGCCUGGGCUGCAUUUUAGCCGAGCUCCUCACUGGGUAUCCCCUUUUGCCCGGGGAAGAUGAGGGGGACCAGCUGGCCUGUAUGAUUGAAUUGCUGGGUAUGCCUUCCCAGAAACUGCUGGAUGCGUCCAAACGAGCCAAAAAUUUUGUGAGCUCCAAGGGUUAUCCCCGAUACUGCACUGUUACGACUCUCUCGGAUGGCUCUGUGGUUCUCAAUGGAGGCCGUUCCCGGAGGGGGAAACUGAGGGGCCCGCCAGAAAGCAGAGAGUGGGGGAAUGCGUUGAAGGGGUGUGACGAUCCCCUUUUCCUUGACUUCUUGAAACAGUGUUUAGAGUGGGAUCCUGCUGUCCGCAUGACCCCUGGCCAGGCUUUACGGCAUCCCUGGCUCAGGAGGCGGUUGCCAAAGCCUCCAGCGGGGGAGAAGACGUCAGUGAAAAGGAUGCCCGACAGCACUGGUGCUAUCACAUCCAUUUCCAAGUUACCUCCACCUUCCAGCUCAGCUUCCAAACUGAGGACGAAUUUGGCACAGAUGACAGACGCAAAUGGGAAUAUUCAGCAGAGGACAGUGUUGCCAAAACUUGUUAGCUGAGCUGAGUCCCCUGAUGCUGGUAAUCUGAAAGAUAUGAUAUUUCUGAGCCUUACUGGGUUGAAAAGGAGUAGCUCAGACCUGUUUUUAUUUGCUCAAUAACUCAACUCAUUUGUAUCUUUUCAGCACUUAUUUUAAUGUAAGAACGUUGUUCAUUUUGUUUUUAUAAAAUACAUGGGGACAAUGCUUUAAGUUUUUAUACUUUCUGAAACAUUUUAUGUUUUAAAGGUAUGAUGAGCCUUACUGUAUUUAGUGUGGCAGAGUAAUAAACAUCAGUGGCAGGCCAUUGAUCACUUCGUGACUGCUGCACAUU